CCCCAAAUAUUUGAACGGCCAACCCUAUCUCCAUUCUCCCUCCUAAACCCAAUGCACUCGAAUGCGAAAUGAACAAGAAACGAGAAAACACUCACCAAUUGCUCUACGAAAUGCCAAAACGGAGAACUUCCAGAAAACCUACCACAUCCACCACCACACAGGCAGAGCACGAGGUAAUCAUUCCUCUCCGUCGAUCCAACAGAUUUCUCCAUCAAAAGUCCCAUUCGAAAAGUGACAAGCUGAAACGCUCAAACUUUCACAGAGAUAACAGGCAAAAAGCGUCCAAGGAACUGAGAAACUUCGAUGGAAAGUCGUCAAUUUGUCCGACUCCCGUUUUUGGUUUGAGAAGAUCUCCGAGGUUUAGUAAGAGGGUGGAGUGCGUUUCGAAUAUUAGGCGAUCUUUGAGGCUUUCUUUACUGGGAAACACUAAUGCAUUUAAAGAGAAGAGUGACCAAGACGAAACGAAGAAGAGCAGUGGUAAGUCAGAGAAACUCAGACAUUCUGCUUCAGAUAAAUCAACGAAUAACAAUUCUAGCAAGAAACCGAGCAAUCGUGUUUUGGAUGAAUCUACAGAUUAUAAGGCGGUAUUGUUGAAUAAAGAAAAAGGGAAAGUGGGUGUGGAUUCGUGUGAUGAGAUUGUGCAGCGAAGUGAAAUAAGGACUCAGGAUUGUUUGGAUGUUGAACUGGUUAUAGGACUAGAAGCAUCGAAAGGGAAAUUUGUUUUUGGAAGAAGUCAAGAGGCUGGGGUUAUUAGGAAGAGGAAGAGAGGAGCGGAAGGUCGUUAUGGAAGUGUUAAAGUGUGGACAAGGAAGCAAGAACUGGCAUUGGAGAAAGCUUAUUUUGCGGCCAAGCCCACUCCUCAUUUCUGGAAGAAGGUUUCUAAACUGGUGCCUGGAAAGACAGCUCAGGAUUGCUUUGAGAAAAUUCACUCUGAACAUAUAACUCCACCUCAACCUUUGCCUCGAUCAAGGGCAAAGAGAAUGAACUCAUCACCCCUUGGAUGUUUUUCACUCUCUGCUGGCAAAUUGUUUAGCUCUCCUGAUCUGAUGGUUAAAAGGUUAAGUUGUUAUAAACGGAAGAGUCGUAUUACACAGAAAACUGUUAGACAGUUGCUGCAAAAGCAUAAUUGCAGGGACCAGAGUAAUGAAGCAGAUCUAUUCUCCAUUCUUGAGCCCAAUGUGAGUCCAUCCAAACAAGAUUCUCAGCUGAAUGAUGUUUCCACCCCACAGCAUUUGCAAGAAAAACUAGGAUUUCUUCAGAAGAGCCUUGGGAGAUCUUCUUCUGGUCAGAAAAAGCCUCUCUCUAGAUUUAGAAGUUCAUGUGGGCUAGAUCUUGUUAGUCCCCCAGUACUAAAGCAGGUGAAAAACAGGGCCUUGCAUGAGAAAUAUAUUGACCAGUUACAUUGCAGGGAAGCUAAGAGAAGGGCAGCAUGUGCAAGAGCAGGAAAAGAGAAUUGUGGGCAAGCCAACAUUCAGAAAAUAGAUGUGGUUAGAGCAGCAAAAAAUGCCUUGGUUUCUGAUGCAAGAGAUGCUAUUAAUAAGCUCCAAGAUCUGCAAACCGAUGCCAAGGGCGACUCUUCUGAUUUAGAUGAUGAAAUCAACAGUGAUGAGGAAGUUGAUGGAUUCUGACAUUGAUUUACCAGUGGUAACAAAAUUUACUGACAUUUUAGCAUUGCAAAUUGAUGUUACUUUCUGACAUUGUUUCAACGGUGACCAAUGGUAACAAAAUUUACUAAGAUUUUAGGAUUGUAAAUUGGUGCUGCCUUGUAUAAAUGCUAAUUCUUUGGUCCUCUGUUUUAGAAUAGUAACCUUCACCUGAGUUGGGAUGAAGGUUUAGUAGGAGUUUACCCAGUUUAACUAGAGAUCUUUGGGUGACUAUAAUGGGCCGCAUGUAUGAAAGCUUUAUCUUAGAGUAUGCUUGAAGAUGCAUGAAUAUAGUGAAAGAUGAUGAUGAUAAUGCCUACAA